AUGGAGAGUGCGAAAGAGGAACCCCUUACGCAACAAGAUAGCGCCAGAGUCGACGGAGGCGUGCUGAAUACCACCACCCCCAAACAAGCAUCAAAGCGAUCGGAGUCCGUUUUGCCCACCCACAUCAACGAUGGACUCCAGCGAGGCCUGGUGCGCAUUAGCACGGCAGGGGAGAGUGGGAGAAGUGGAAUACACCCAGUUCACUUCUUGAAAGUCUGCUUCAUGAGUACCUGCACUCUAUCAAUGUUGGUCAAUGUCCUAUGGCCGUUCGUGCCAGCGGCUAUCGCGAUCUACUUUGCUCGCCCGGAUCUUCAUGUCUGGAUCUUUGCUCUCAACUAUAUUGCAAUGGUUCCUUCGGCCAACCUAUUGGGAUUUGCGGGCGGGGAACUGGCAAAGAAGCUGCCCAAAGUAUUUGGCGUGCUGUUGGAGACCUCGCUGACAUCGGUUGUCGAGAUUGUUCUUUUCAUGGUCCUGAUCCACAAUGAUGAAGGUGGAAACCUUAUACCUGUCAUCCAAGCCGCUAUCUUAGGAUCCAUCUUGGCGAACCUCUUGCUUUGCUUGGGCCUGUGCUUUUUCUUUGGUGGUAUUGGCCGGGAACAUCAGUCCUUCCACGAAGCCGUGAGCGAGGUGGGCACGGGGCUCUUGCUCGUUGCCGGCUUUGGGCUGUUAAUCCCGAGUGCUUUCAACUCGGCAUUGAGUGGCUCAACGAAUACAGAAAUCACCCCCGAAGAGUUGAUGCACUCCACCCUGGUCAUCAGCAGAUCUACCUCGAUCGUCCUUCUGGUCGCAUUUGUGAUGUACCUGUUCUAUAACUUGCACAGCCAUCACAGCAUAUUUGAUGAAGUGCUCGAGUUUGAUGAGCAUCUAGACGAAGAUCGAGAGAAGGAGCUUAAGCGAGCGAAGCUCACACUGACGGAGUGUAUUUUGGCUAUCGUGAUAUCUCUAGUUUGCGUUUGCUUAUCUGCUGUCUUCCUGGUCCAGGAGAUUGAGAGUAUCGUCCAUGAGAGAGGUGUGUCGGACAACUUCAUGGGCCUGAUUCUAGUACCACUAGUCGAGAAGGCCGCGGAGCACUUGACCGCCAUCGAUGAAGCCUGGGAUAACCAAAUCAAUUUUGCCCUCUUUCACUGCCUUGGCCCAUCGAUCCAGACCGCCUUUCUCAACGCGCCGCUUGCGGUUCUGGUAGGCUGGGGUCUCGGCAAGGACAUGGAUCUGAAUUUUGAGAUUUUCAUGAUUGUCCUUUUGGUGCUAUCGAUUCUAGUCGUGGGUAAUUUCCUGCGUGAUGGCAAGUCAAAUUACCUCGAAGGGGGACUCUGCGUCUUGAUCUAUGUGAUCAUUGCCGUUUCCACUUGGUAUUAUCCCGCGGUCAAACGUGGAGAGUCAGCGCAUUAG